AUGGCGAGGAAACGGGGAGGGGCGCCGUCGUGGAUGCGCGCGUUGCUGCUGGCGACGUUAUUGACGAUCUACCUGUGCAACGCGCUAGUGGCCCUAACGAUAAACAAAGAAGACAGCUUCUUUGGUAAGCGUAAAAAUGACGACCAAGUGAAGAUCUCAACCGUCGUGUUCAAUCUGCAAGACGAAAGGAUGUACCUCAGUGAAGAAUACUUUGAAAAUCUUAUGCCAUUGCAGAAUCUUCUAAUGCUCUGUUUCAAAUCGGACGAAAAAAGUGAAAUCCUCAAAGAGGUAGGUAUAGAUAAUGUUAGGACCCUUUUUUAUGAAAAUUUUAAAAAUGAGGUGUAUGAAAAAAUCCUUCUCCUUUUUAAAUUCAUAAAAGAGAAUUUUUCCGACCUGACCAAAAGGGUAAAAGAAGAAAAAGAAAAAAACUAUCUCUCAGAAGAAGACUAUCUAUCCGAUGAGAGAUUACUUCACCUAUUAGAAGAUGUAAUAACUAACGAAAUAGAAAAAAAUGCAUUCUAUUUUGAGAAACUAAUUCAAUUUAUAACACUACGAAAAUGUAUUACGAUACAUACUUCUAUGAAUCUGGAGGAUACAACAAACCCGAUCGUCCUCAUCAUGAAAGUUGACCCACAAAAGAAUCAAGUCCACUUCAAAAUUACCAAUUAUCUAUCCGAAAUGGAAGAACAAGAAAUAUACGAGACAGUAAUAAAUGAAGGACAGGAGAAGGAAAAAGUACGCUUGCUAAAAAGUAUAUUAAACCCAAUAAAGACAAAUAGCCUAGUCAUGAAAAUGACGAAAAAGAAACCCUUACCGGUUAGUCACUUUCGAAAUUUAUGUACUAAACAUAAUUUCCAAGUCGCAUCGGAAAAUUGGGUAGAAUACUUCUAUACCCAUAAUGAGACCUUAUGUCAUGUCGAAACAUGUGGGUCCGGCGAUUGCCUCUUCCUCUCAUUACAAUAUCUAUUAGACAAAAAUGGAGUAAGAACUAGUAACGUCGUCCCCAGUGUAAACGUCCCGGAGAGCUCCUUCAUCCCUUGGUAUGUACGAAAUGUUAAGCAGACUGGCGAUCCCAAAUUUAAUGUUACUGAUUUGAGAUAUCUAAGCACAUUUUAUUUUAUCAAAUUCUUUCCUGGAUAUAAUGAAGAAGACGAAAUAGACGAGCAUUUCAUAAAUGGACAAUUUGACCUCCUCAUCAAUCUCGAGUUUACGAAUUAUUAUUUGAAGAAGAAUUACCUCUAUAAAGUUAUGCAGGGAAAUAAAAGUAGUGAGAAAAAAAAGUCCGUUAUGACGCUCAUUUCGAACUAUAUGAAUAAGUACCUCUUUUCUCGUGGACGGCCUCUGCUCGACGGCACCCAGGAGGACGAGGAUGCGGACUGUAGCUCGAACACGUGCAAGAAGGGAAACACAGAGGGGGAAGAGGCCGGCGGCACUGCGGAUGGUGGGAGCGACGGCCGAAGUGGAAAUACGGAUGGAAGUGGAAACGCGGAUGGAAGUGGAGGCGGAAGCGCAGGCGGAACCGGAAGCGGAAGCAGAGGCCGAAGUGGAACCGGGUUGAGCUUAGACAAACGGGGCGGAGGGCCCAUCAGAGGCCGAGAAGGAGACGGAGGCUAUGACGAUGGCGAUGGCGACGUCCCGGGAGGCAACCACAACAGUGACAGAAGCAGAAGGGAUGUGGGCCAGGGGAGAAAGAGUGACCACAGACCAGCCGUCAGACGCAGGGGAAGCACUAGCAGCAUGACUGACAGCGGCAAUUUCAGAAGCUCUGGCGGUAGGUCCACAUUCGGCCUAACUGGCAGCAGUGGCAACCUCGCAAGUGGCAACCUCGCAAGUGGCAACCUGAGUAGAGGCGACGUGCAGGAAAAAAGUGCACCUCCCCUAAGUCCUCAUGCCAGCGAGCGCUCCUUAAAUUCGAUCGCCCAUCGGUGGCAUGAAUCCACCAACAGUCGCGCUGACGCCGCUGGGAUAGGCUGGUCUGAGUCUGCCAACGCGAUGCUCGGAGAUGAAGACAAAGUGGUGAAAUUGCUGAAGGUGGAAGAGGGAGGUGAGGGAAAAAAAUUCACAAAGAACACAUACCGGGGAGUGACCUACGCCGCGAAGGACUCCCCAGCUAAGAACACCACGGUGAAGCACAGAACCAUUACUCUCUCGUUCAAAAGAGACAAUACCAGCAGUGGUGACAGCGGAAGGGUGAAAAUUCCCCCCGGAAUGAGGAGCCCAUCCCUCUCCCAUGCAUCCAGAGUCACUAAAACGCCGCUGCCGAUCCCUGUAGAUGCCAGUACGCACAAAUAUAAAGACAACAGAAGAAACAUGGAAAUACCCAAUACAGAAUCAGCGGCAUCUAUGAAGGAUGAAUACCAACGUGUAGUCGAGCCAUACCCAUCAGACAGUGAAAACAGCGAAAAAAGGGAAUCCAUCGAUAUUGUGAAGCCCAAAAGGCAUUUUUCCAGCCAAGGGAUUUUAGCAACCACGUCUGAAAGUCAACCUAAAAGGUCUGUCAUGCGAUUGACGUUAAUUGAAAAAGAAAAAAAAAAUCGCUUUCAUGAUGAAGCUAUAACAGAAUCGGGAGAAUCCACCAACGCGACAGAGGAGAGUCAGAUGGGAAGCCAAAAGGACAGCGAAAUGGACAGUCAAAUAGACAGUCAAAUAGACAGUCAAAUGGAUAGCCAAAUGGGUAUCCAAUUGGGUAGCCAAAAGGACAAAGACAAUGACGAACAAUAUGGUCAUAACGCGCUAUCCGACCCAAAUGCUAACAAUGAGAUGACCGAUUAUGAUGACAUCCUGGAAGAAGUGCAUCAGGGGGGGUACCGAAUCUACGAGCUCAUUUUCUUCAAACUAGUGUCCCUAUCAGCGAAUAAAAUGACCUAUGAUGAGUUAAAGAAGGUUAAAAGAAGAAACAUGCAUGAGCUAAUCGGUGCAAAUCUCAAAUCUAAAGUAAUCGGCUCUCAUGUUUUUAUGAAACAAAUAACACAAGGUACCAUACUUCCAUUUUUUAAUUACGUAAAUAUAAAGAACAAAUUGAACAAUGUCAAUCGAAAGGAGAAUUAUGCUAAUCGAGAUCUCUACGUUAUUAUCACGGACACGACCUUCAAUAAAAAGAUUAAAAGACCAAAGGAUGGAUUACUCACCAGAAGUCUACUCUUUAAGCAUAAUGGAGACUGCAUAUCUUACUGGUCCAUCAAGAACAAUCAUUACCACUUCACUUGCGACAAUAAAGUCAUUCAGACCAAGACGAUUGAGGAAAAGGCAUCUGCCUUUUUCUACGAGAGGACAAGGACAGGACACAUCCACUGGGGGGAUGAGACAGAUUAUGAAGGUUUCCAGAAAAUGUUUAAUAUAGGAUUAAUUACUUUUAUUAAUAACAGUACCAAAUUUUUUUUUCCUAAGGAUAUUUUCACAGAUUACCCUGUGUACUUUCUGAUCUACUUCUAUUCUGGUAUUCACUUCGAGCCGGGUAUCCACUUCUCGGUGCAGAACGACCGGGAGAUCUGGAACUCCGCCUACGAGAGCACUAGGAUUCCGCCCUCCUUCCGGCAGGUGGACGCGCAAUAG